AUGGAACCUAUUUAUUCUAUUCCUCCAGAGAAAGGUGUACGUUUUUCAAAGGUCUAUUGGCCAACGCAUCGUAUUAAUGCCAAACUUGAAGAUUUAACACUUUAUCAUGAUUAUGAAAUUGUGGCUGAUGAUUACAUAAAGUAUUACCCAUCUAACAACGUCGAAGGAGCAGUUGGAGCUUCUUGUUUCGUACCUUUAGGCGAUCCUAACCACAAUUCACCAGUUAGUAAAGAAGCCCCCUGUUAUUAUCUUAGCCAAGGAACAUAUCUUCCUAGUAAACUAGCCCUAGUUUACACUCACGAAAUGAAACUCCGUUUUCCAAAAAAGAAUAAAAAAGGAUGGCAUUUUAUUAUUGUGGCUACAGAACAAAUGACUAAGGAUGAAUAUAUACGAGCAGUGAAAGAUCUGGAUUGGCAAGUAUGCAAUAUUAAAGCUGCCGUAUAUCCAGAUCCAUUAGUUCGUGCUAAAGAGGAUUUGGAAGGCGUGAAAGAUUUUAGGAUUAUCGAACUAUAUUGGCUCAUGUUCAACUUGUGUAUUAAUGGUAUGAAUUAUACGGAUCAUUUUUAUGCUAAUGACAUACAUACGUGGAUUGCUCUGGAUCAUCCAUCAUUUGAAGAAUUUCUUCAGCACAAAGCUCGUGCUUGUUUUGUAUUUUCUAUUCUUGCUCGGAUGGACAUAUCAUCAGUAACCCUAGAAACCUACAAAUUUGACAUUUUGAAUGAGCUAGAGGACACAUUUGGGUGGGAUGUGGAAAAGUUUCUCACAGACUAUAAGGAUCAGAAAGCAAAGUUGACGUCUUUAUAUAGAAUCGAUAGUGGUGUUAGUGAAAUUGAAAAAAGUCGUUAG